UGUUCGAGGUGUUCGAGACUCGUAGGAGCGGCGCGGAUCGGAUCACCUGAAAUCGAUUCAAUCGGGGACGGGCGUGUGUGUUUCAGAUCGCAGAAAUCUCCCUCCCGUCGGGAAGGGAACGCAGGUGCGUGUAUCGAAAGUGGUGAACACGAGCGCGGAUCAACAUCCAGCCGCGGCCAAUGCCAGUCACUUGUGAAACGUGAAACGCGAAACUGGGCGAAAGUUUUGCGCCGUGUCCACCGAGGUGGACAUCGAAAAAGAGAGACAGAGAGAGAGAGAGAGAGAGAGAGAGAGAGAGAGAGAGAGAGAGAGGGAGAGGGAGAGGGAAAGAGAGAAAGAAGGGUAAUACUCUCGAAGGAAUCCCGAAGGAGAUUUCAUUCGACAAACGACCGUGUCAUACGCUCGCUUCCAUUAUCUUUCAGUAACGAGUUGGACGGAGUUACUGAAUCAGAGUGUCGGUCGGAGUGUCCUCGGUGUGCACGCGUGAGACCUUGGGUUUCCGGUGGAACUGAAAGAAGAGCUCGGAGCUUGCUACUGAACGUCAGGUGCGAUUGAGCAAGGGAUGUACGUGGCUACAACGUGACUGACGCGCACCGGAAGCAGAGAGGAAGCCAAAAAUGUCGCUGCGAAGGAGGACGUCCACCUUUCCACCGCCGCAUUCCUGGCUGAUCACGGUGGUUCUGCUGAUUUUUUCCGUCCAAGUUCAGCGUGUAACAGGAUGUCAGUUUUAUCCUGUCGGAGAGUACUUGAAAUUCGUGCGGGUACCGGAGAAUCUGGAAACAGGGACUGAAAUUCUUUCGCUAGAGGCACAUCCUAGAAAUCGACUGUCCAUUACGCCAGUCGACAAGGAGGAAGACGCCGGCUUCUUCGCUUACAAGGAAACGAACGAGACGCACGUUUCUCUGAUUUUGGCGCAAUCCCUGGAGGAUCUGGUGGAUGCGGAGUCCCCGAGGAACUUAUUAAAAUUUCGAGUCUCCUGCGACUUCGGCUCUGGUGACUCACUGGUAUCGUCGCAUUUGUCGGUGACGAUCUACGUGGAGGAUAUAAACGAUCACGCGCCACAAUUUGUCGACGCGCCUUAUCACGUGACGGUGGACGAGCUUACGCCAGUCGGUGUGACGAUAUUUCGCGGGAUUCACGCGCUGGAUGGCGACAAGCCGAACACGCCGAACAGCGACGUUUAUUACGCUAUCGUGAAGGGAAACGAACAAGGGAAAUUUUCUCUCGAGUCCGGGCACAGAACCGCCCUGAUACUCCGGAAGCCAGUCGACUACGACAGCGGAGAUCGCGAAUUCACCUUGGUUAUUACUGCGACUGAUCGUGGUGUCCCUGCCAGGAGCACGAACAGCACCGUAAAAAUUACUGUGGUGGACAACGAUGAUCUUGAUCCGAAAUUCACGCGAGACAUCUACAAGGCGAAAAUUUAUGAAUUUUAUCCUAUGCCGGAAUAUCCAAUUUUUACAGAGAUAAACUUUACCAAUCCGAUCCACGCGGCCGAUCGCGAUCGAGAUAUAAAUGUGCCAGUACGAUACGAUAUAAUAUCCGGCAAUGAGAGGGGUUUCUUCCAUCUUGAUCCGAAAAAUGGAUCGCUGUUUCUGAAACGUGCGAUUGAUCUCGACGCCGAGCGAAGCUUGCCGGGCAAUACGUUUAAUCUUCAAAUUCACGCGUCGCAGGUGGAUAACCCAUUGAAAAUGACCGUCGCGCGGGUUGAGGUCGAAGUGUUGGACCUGAAUGACAAUCUACCGCAGUUCGAGGUCGAUCUUUACAACAUCAGCAUCGUGGAGAAUCUGCCGAACGGCUUCAGCGUACUGCAGGUGAUCGCGCGCGACAAGGACCAAGGCGAAAACGGGGAGUUCGAUUAUCAGCUGGAGGAUUUGUCUGCCGCCUUCUCUGUAGACCCACAAUCUGGCUGGCUCACCGUAAAGGACCAGACAAUCUUGGACCGCGAGAAGCGCGAUCAUCUGAAAAUGAAAGUCUACGCCGUGGAGCACAGGCCGAGCGUCGUUGUGACGGGUGAUGAAUCCAAAGGAUCUUCCGUGGAUGUUGAAAUUACUCUCCUCGACGCUAACGACAACAAUCCCAUUUUCGUGCCAGGCAAUCUUUACGAAUUAGUGGCGAGGAGUGACGUGAAGGUCGGCACCGUGCUGGGUCAAGUGCAUGCGGUAGACGACGAUUUGGGUCCCAACGGAUUGGUUCGCUAUCGAUUGCAGAAACCUGGCAACUCCACACUUCGGAAGCCGCCGUUCUUGGUAAAUGAGAGCACGGGCCUGAUCACGGUAUCGGAAAGUCCGAUACUCGAAGGUAGACACGCGAUUUUCGUGGAAGCAGCUGAUCAGCCGGCGAAUCCCAGCGAGAGGAGAUUCUCUUUAGCGGUUGUCACGGUGGACGUUUUUCGAGCGGACGGUCCAAAUUCGUGGGAACCAGAUUUCAUCGGCGCGCCUUAUGAGUUCUGGGUCGGUGCGAAUGUGCCCGUAGGUACCAGUGUCGGGCAGAUUCGCGUAAACGACGCUGUUAAAACUAACGAUCUUAUCUACGAUCUUCUACACGGCUACGAAGAGGGAGUUCCAUUUGCUGUGGAGGAGCGCUCAGGCACAAUAACGGUUGUGGAGGAGAUCGAGCGCUUUGACCGUUCCAUAUACGACUUCGAAGCGAUCGUCAGCGACGAAAGGGAACUGACACUGAUCACGAACGUUUCGAUCCACGUGGUGGAUCCGAAUGACAAUCGGGGUAUCUUCACAAAGGGAACGACCACUGCUCCUCUGAUUUUCCAUGUAAAAGAGAAUGUUCCCGGCGCAAUGAUCGGCCAAGUGCUUCCGUAUAAUGGCACAACGGCGGCUAUGUCCGGUACUCAGUUUCUUAUCGUCAAUCAGCAGGAUGUGCCCGAUAUUGCCAUUAUGGAUGACGGUUCUCUCUAUGCUCCUCAAGGUUUGGAUCGCGAGGCAAGGGAGAAUUACAGUAUCACCGUGAUUGCCGAGAGCUUACGCGGCGUGGGCGUGUUUCAAGUGCGAAUAGUCGUGGACGACGAAAACGAUCACGCGCCGGAAUUCACGUUGUCCGCUUACGAAGGUCGGAUUAUGGAGAACAGUCCUGCGGGAACGGAAGUUACUCUGACAAAUCCGAUUGCGGCGAGCGAUAAAGACGAGGGCGAAAAUCGAGACUUUACGUUUGCAUUACAGGGCGACGGUAGCAGCCAGUUUAGAAUCGAUCCGAUAAUGGGCCAAGUGUACUUCGAGGGUAUCGACGACAGUGUCCUGGAUCGCGAGACAAGGCCGAACUACGAAUUCCAAGUUAUCGCCACUGACAGGGGCGGAUUGCAGUCAGAGAGUACUUUGAGGAUAACGGUGCUCGACGAGAAUGACAAUCCCCCGAAGUUCAUACGGAUGGUAGUCCUGCCGGAUCAGGGUGUGCGCGUAUCGUAUAAUCCAAGUGACGAGAAUACAUCUGCCGAGAAGGACGAGACAGAAGAUGUAGAAGCUCAACCUGAAACUUCAGAUGGUGAACGGCGCUCGCCGUUACUGUUGGUGCCGGAAAAUACGACGAUUGGCGUACCGAUAAUACGUCUGUUGGCGGACGACAAAGACGAGGGCGCGAACGCAGCGAUAACGUACAGUCUAGGAAAUGAGACAACUUCCAGUGGAGCUCGAUCGCGUCGUUAUGAUGCGACUAGCCGUCGUUACUUCCAUCUCGAUCCACGCACAGCCGAGAUAUCUGUCGCUCGGAGCUUACCGCCGGAAAAGCAUAUUCGAUUGUUCGUCUUGGCAAGGGACUCUGACGGUCUUACGGAUAAUAUCACCGUCAGGGUCCACGUGACGGAUGUGAAUGAUCACGCGCCUGUUUUCGACAAGUCCUGGUAUACUUUCGAUGUGGCUGAGGGCACUUAUUCCAAUUACGCUAUCGGUACGGUGCAAGCGCUUGAUGCCGAUUUCGGUGAAAACGCUAAUCUCAGUUACGAGCUGAUCACUAGCCAUGAGGAUUCGAAACAAGUGAACAACGCGUCACGAUCGUUCGAGGUAGAUCCACAUCAAGGAGUAAUACAAGUGAGCGGGAUUCUCGAUCGAGAGAGAGCUAUGACUCAUCGUCUUCUCGUGAUCGCUCGCGAUCAAGGCUCACCAAGCUUGAGUUCCUCUGUGGAAGUGGAGAUAAACGUAUUGGAUGUAAACGAUAACGCGCCAAUGUUCCACGGUUACGACGAGCUUGAGGAGGGUGAUCAGUUGCCGGUCUAUCGGGCUUCCAUCUUGGAGAACAGUCCAAUCGGCACGCAAAUUGCCAAAGUAUACGCAAACGAUAGCGAUUUCGCUGGCAAUGGAAAUGGGUUAAUCCUAUUUGAUCUGAGCUAUGAGGAUCACGCGGACAAACAAUAUUUUGCGGUAGACAGUAAGGAGGGCAUUAUCACGACUAUCGCUAAGCUCGACUACGAGACCAAGAAUAAUCAUCGUUUGAUCAUCACGGCGAGCGAUCUCGGUUCGCCGGUUAGUUUGACUUCCUCAGCUGUGGUCCUCGUCACGGUAUUGAACGUUGACGAUGACGACGAGGAGGCGGACAACGAGGUGCACAAGAUGCCAACCUUCCGGCAUCGAUAUUACGAAGUCGAGGUUGACGAGAACGCUUCCGUGCCGUUGCUGAUCGCACAGCUCGAUCUAACCGAUGAUCGGCAUGGUGAUUACAUAAGAUACAGCGUCGUGGCUGACGGUUCUGACAGCAGGGAUCACUUCUCAAUCGAUCCUAAGAACGGCUCCCUAUAUCUGACGACGGAGAUCGAUCGGGAAGCCAGAGAUCGGUAUGAGGUGAAGGUCAGAGUCGACAGAUUAAAGCUCGGCCGUGGCAUGCCAGUGAUGAUCUAUCCGGUCGUUGGUGAGAGGUUGAAUGGACUCGCGCCUAAUGAAGCUAGAGUGGUCGUCAGAGUGAAGGACGUGAACGACAACGCGCCCAGAUUCAAGACAAAAGACAAGCCCAUCCUCGCCGUUAUACCUACUACUGCUCAUUACGGUUACGAGGUCGUCAAAGUGGAGGCCGAGGAUCCGGAUCUGGGAAUAAAUGGUGAAAUACGUUAUCAAAUUCUUGGCCGAGAGGACGCUCCGCGUUUCGCCAUUGACCCACUCAGCGGUCAAGUGCGAUCUGUAGCGAGUUUUGGCCGCGACGCCGGUCGCGUCUUCGGUUUCGACGUCAAGGCCACUGAUAGACAGGGCGCCGAGAACGGUCGCAGCAGCAUUACCAACGUCUUCGUGUACGUGUUGGACGAUCAGAAGCAAGUCGUCAUGGUCAUGGGCCGGAAGCCUAUCGAGAUCGAGCCAGAACUCGAGAAUAUUACUAUAGCGUUGCAGAAUGUCACUGGUUUGGAUGUACGGAUAAGGAAGUUGGAGCCCCACAUUGAGAAGAACUUGAUCGAUGCAGCCUCUACCGAUGUUUAUCUGUACGCGAUCGAUCCACAUUUGAAUGUUAUGAUAGACAUGGAAACCUUGCACAGCGUUUUUAAUACCAAGAAAGCAGACAUAAAACGCGAACUAGAUGAAUAUCGUGUACUGGAAAUCGCUGGUAACGCCCCACGCAGAGGUAGUCAGCGUUACUUGCUGUCCGCCCUCGAAGUAGGCGUCGUGGUACUCGCCUGCGUCGUCUUCGUAGGUGCCCUCGUAACCGCCCUGUGCAUUACCUGUGUUCGUCGCAACAAACGUCGUAGACGACGAGACAAGGCCAUGUUCUCGACGGUUGGUCCGGUCGGAUUUGCUCUAACAGACCCCGCCGGCACUCUGCAAAAGCCACCGCUCUUUCCUACCUUCGUCGACGGUCUCCAUUACGACCCGGAACCCUUCUGUACCGAGAUGUCUAGGCGACAGAGCAUGUGCGAGCACGGCAAUUGCGUCCGCUUUCACACGAUGGGCGGGGGCGGAAAACAUGCGGUGAGGUCGACGGGAACCUUGAAAGGCCUCGAGGCAUCCGCGACAUCCCUGCAUUCCAGUGGUCAGGACUCUGGUAUCGUAGCGCGCACCUCUUGUCGUUGCAGUCACUCAUCUAGCCCUUCUAGUGGCGAGAGCAGCAACGGGUACGAAGACUCGCUCAAAUCCCUUCAACGUCGCGAGAGAUGCAAUGACGUCUCCCGUGGCAGUCACGAAACCUCCAGCGUGGUCGGGAGACGUGCAACGGCGGCGAAACGGCGGCAGCGGUUUCACUCCUUCUCGAACGCCGAAUCCGUUUAUGCCCACGAAAUGACCCUGCAGCGAGAGCAGCAGCAGCAGCAGCAGCAGCAGCAGCAACAGCAAUAGCAACAUUGCUGCAUCGGCACGGCGAAGAGACAAAAAGCGGAACAUCGCCGUGCUCAUUCCGAGGCGGAGAACAAUAUCACGGAGACGGUGAUACACGAGCACCCGGGCAUGGAGAUAUCGUUAGUGGGCUCCCUGCCGAAUACAUCGACUAUGCACGGUUCACAAUCAAGGACCAGCCACAUGCUCUAUUAGCAGCACCGAUUUGUAAAAAGAGGAGGAGCUUCCAAGGAGCACCGAGAUACAGCGGUUAUUUUUAUUCGACAAUUUAACGUUCCCUUUUGUAAAUUCGCGUAUAAAUUGCUGUUGUACCUCGCGUGCUCAUGGCGUGUCAUCUCGUUGCCAAAGUCUUCGUACGUCGUCACAAACCAGAGAAUCAUUCAUUCUGUAAAUAUACGGCAUCGUCUUUGGUAUUCGAUCUUCCAUGUUCUUUUUGACUAAUCGAGAUAGAUUAGGUAACGGCGUGACAAUUGUUGUUAAGAUUAUUUAUCGCGCUAAUGUUACAACAUUAAUAUAUUACAGAUGCAAAUGUUUAAGUACAAUAUUAAUAUAUUGCAUAUUAAGAUAAUUUGUUGUAGAUUAUGUACAGAUACAUUUGCGGUAAGUCCAUUUUGCGGUGGAUUAUUACCUUGACGUGUUAGCUGAAGAUUUAUUUAAUAUAUCUAUACGUAGUAUGUACGUUUGUGUAA